UAUCAGAAGUCCUGCCAUAACUCCCUGGCCCUCGGACCGGUCAAGUUGGUUCAUCACUACGAUUUUUCGGCUGCGGUUGCCGAUUUCUAAAGACCGCUGACGGCAAAGUUUUAUCGACAUGGACGCGCUUGUAGGUGCAAGCGGAACGACGAGCAAUGGUUUCAUCGAUUUCUACUCGAACAAGACCCAACUAACAUCAGAUGACUUUGAAUUCGGAAAAUACCUUGGCAAAGGCGCUUACGGCCAAGUGUAUCUCGCGAGAAAGAAGAGCGGCGAGGACGCAGGCACCAUUGUCGCGAUGAAGGUGAUUUCAAAAUACAAGGUAAAACAUAACCAAUGGAAAAUCAAUAAUAUAAGAGGCGAGAGGUGCAUUUUGGCAGGUAUAAAGCAUCCGUUUAUUAUAAAAUUGUUUUACGCUUUCGAAACGAAUCACACUUUUUUCCUUGGCCUGGAGUAUAUGCCGAACGGAGACCUUCAACGCCUUCUUUGUAAAUCUGUCUAUUUCAAUGAAAACACAGCACGCUUGUACUCCGCUGAAAUCAUACUGGCGCUACAAUAUCUUCAUAAAAAUUGCAUCAUUUUCCGAGACUUGAAGCCCGAGAAUAUUCUGUUAGAUGCCGGAGGCCAUGCGAAAUUAUCCGAUUUCGGCUUUGCCAAACAACUGUCUUCGCAGGAUGAUAAGACAACAUCAUUUUGCGGAACCGCGAACUACAUGGCUCCGGAAGUUAUAAAACAUAAGUUAUACACAAGAGCUGUGGAUUGGUGGAGCCUCGGUGUCAUACUGUUCAAGAUGAUAACUGGAUCCCGUCCGUUCGACGUAUGUGACGAUCGCCAGAGAACGAUGCAAAAGAUAGUAUCAGGCGAAUUUUCUUUCGAUAACAAACGAGCUGUGCUAGUCAGCCCAGAAGCUCAAGACCUAAUUCGUAAAUUGUUAAAAUUAAAUCCUGCGGAGAGAUUGGGCGCUGGAGAAACGGAUGCCAGGGAGUUGAUGGACCACGUUUUCUUCAAUAACAUCAAUUUCGACGAUUUGCUCGCUUGUAAAUAUGAACCACUGACCCGUAAACGUAAACGUACUCCACCAUUCAAGGAGAUAAUCAGAACAAAAAUCCGGCCCUAUCACGAUCCGAGGGCUGAUUCUCAUGAGAUGAUUUUCGAGGACUUCGACUAUAUAGCACCAAGUUGGCUAGACCCCCAAGAAGAUUCAGAUGUAACUAGACUAAGAGAAUUUUACAAAUUUGUUCAACUUUUAAUAUAUGCAAUCAAUAAUUUUGAUUAAUUAUGCAUGUUUUUUACACUGUCGAUGCGAUUUUGAUACGCGUGCGCCUAUCAAAACUACUUUGUUGUUUGUAUACACACACACACACACACACACGAUAACGUAAACAAGGAUUUAACAGUGACAAUUUUAAUCAUAUUUAUUCAAACUGAUAUUCUCAUAAGAAUCUUCUUUUUUUAAUACUUAAUAUGUGAACGAUAAUGACAAGAAUUUCACAUAUUAUGCUCAGGCACAGUGUUUUUUUAAUAAAGUUUACUUUUACUCGGUUA